AUGCCGAUAACCGGUCUCGCGCACAUCAACCUCACCGUCCCGCCGGGCACGCUACCACUCGCCGUAGAAUUCUACAGCGGGACACUGGGUCUCAAGCCACGAGAAGUGCCACACUUGCAAAAGGACUCGCUGGCGUGGUUCGAUAUCGCCGACUCGGGCCAACAAGUGCAUGUAGCAUUCGAGAAGGAGUCGGAUCUCGUCAGCGCAAAGUCUAGUCGUCACCCGUGUUUUAAACUCAGUGAUGGCCAGGCGCUACUGGAGUUGAGACGGAAGGUGUACGAGCACUUUGAGCGCGGCGGUGAGAGUGCACCGGUCGCGGCCGAUAAGCCUGGCGCGGAGGAUUCUGGGGCGAAGGGCGUUGAAUAUCCGCAGCGCUUCUUUGCUCGGGACUAUGCGGGGAAUAGAUUGGAGUUCAGUCUGUGA